AUGGCGGGGCCGGAGUUGUUGCUGGACUCCAACAUCCGCCUCUGGGUGGUUCUUCCCAUCGUUAUCAUCACUUUUUUCGUAGGCAUGAUCCGCCACUACGUGUCCAUACUGUUGCAGAGCGACAAGAAGCUCACCCAGGAACAAGUGUCGGACAGUCAAGUCUUAAUUCGAAGCAGAGUCCUCCGGGAAAAUGGAAAAUAUAUUCCCAAACAGUCUUUCUUGACACGAAAAUAUUACUUCAACAACCCAGAGGAUGGAUUUUUCAAAAAAACUAAAAGGAAAGUAGUGCCACCUUCUCCUAUGACUGAUCCCACAAUGCUCACAGACAUGAUGAAAGGGAAUAUCACGAACGUUCUCCCUAUGAUUCUCAUUGGUGGGUGGAUCAACAUGACGUUCUCAGGCUUUGUCACAACCAAAGUCCCAUUUCCACUGACUCUCCGUUUCAAGCCCAUGCUGCAGCAGGGAAUCGAACUCCUCACAUUAGAUGCAUCCUGGGUGAGUUCUGCAUCCUGGUACUUUCUCAAUGUAUUUGGGCUCCGGAGCAUUUACUCUCUGAUUCUGGGCCAAGAUAAUGCUGCUGACCAGUCCCGAAUGAUGCAAGAACAGAUGACUGGGGCUGCCGUGGCCAUUCCAGCGGACACCAACAAAGCUUUCAAGACAGAGUGGGAGGCCCUGGAGCUGACCGACCACCAGUGGGCCCUGGACGACGUGGAAGAGGAGCUUAUGACCAAGGACCUCCACUUUGAAGGCAUGUUCAAGAAGGAGCUGCAGACGUCCAUCUUCUGAAGCUGGAGCUGUAGUAGCUGUAUCAGGACCCUGAAGUAUAGCGCUUAACCUUGUACUUUGAUUGGAGCUGGAGCCUCUGAGAAUAAAGAGGAUGCAGGGGCUGGCGGGCACGUGGCCAGGCUUGCUCUUGUCUGGGCUGGACUCCCUUGCUGUGGGGAGCUAGAGGACAGGGAGGAGUGUGCUGGGGACUGGCUAUCUGCAGAGUGUUCUCAGUUUUCCUUUUGACUCUAGUAAUGAAAGUCAGACAGAGGAAACUCAAGCUAUUAAUACCAUAUAAAAACUUAUCAAAAAUUCAGUCUUUGGAAGAAGCACUGUCAGUUAUAGCCAGAUAUGUUCAGUCAGCUUGACUUCUAACCACAGUAACUUCUGUUUUCUUGGGAUCCAAACAUCUCUGCAUUUAUCUUUAAUUUUUUGUUAGUAUUUUUAACUUUCUUUACAAAAGUAAUGCAUUUCUUCUAAGAUUUUAGAAAUCAUGAGUGAGCAAAAUGAACCUCCCUGUAUUGUUCAUUUUGAGAGUACAGAAUGACAAAACAGUGUCAGAACCUCACCUGCAUAAACCCUCUCAGCGUGAAUGCGCAGGGCCAGAGCCUUCACAUCUCAGUACUGUUGGGCAAACACCAGUGACCCUGAGGCGCUGCCAGACUCCCAAGUGCCUUCGGGACCAUCAAACACAGUUAAGUUACAGUGCUGAGCCAGGUGUGGUGGCUCAGGCCUGUAGUCCCAGCGCUUGCAAGGCUGGGGCAGGAGGAUCACCAUGGAUUGG